AUGUUUAUAUUUUAUAAGAUAUGUUUAAUAUUAUUAAGUUUAUCAUUUAUAUCAUUAUUAAUUAAUUUGUAUAUUAAUCAACCUAUAAAUGAUAUUAUUUUACCAACAUCUAAUAAAAUACAGUCAGAAUUAUCAAAAAUUUAUAAUGGUCAAGAAUAUAAUUUAAUUAAUAAUAAUCAAAUUAAUAAUAAUCCAACUGGAAAUGAACACAAAAAUAACAAAUAUAAAAUAAUAAUAUUCCCCAAUGAAUUGAAACUAAAUAAAAACAAGUUAAAGUCAAUUUAUGAGAAGGAACUAUAUAAUAAAAUACACAAGAACGAUAUUUUAAUUACGAAUGAUGAAUUGAAUAUCAAAUAUCCUAAUAAUUUAAAAUUUGAAAACUAUAAAGUUGAAAUUAUUGAUUCUUCUAAUGAUAACGAAAUCAAUAAUAAAGUAAAAAAAAAGAGCAGAAAACUACGAAAGAAAGAUCAAGAUCAAACAUCAGAUCAACCAGCGCCAAAUCCACAAAAUCCUAAUCCAGAAGAAGAAAACCCACAAGAUUCUAUCAUAUCAACAAAUCAACUAAAGGAACCACAAAAACCAGUAUUUGAGUGCUCAGAUAAAUCCAGAGAAAUUGAAUUUAAAGUUAGUGAGUAUGAAAAUAGAAAUGUUGACUUGAAAAAAAUACUUUAUGAAUUUAUGGCUUCAUCAAAUCCGUACUACGAAGAAAUUAAAGCACUAAUACCAACUUUAAAACAACAAUUAGAAGAAAACACAUUUGCUGAAAAUUGGUUCCAAUUGAUUGGUAGUUCAGUUUGGUUAGAACAAUAUGGAGUUCAUUUAUUAACUUCAAGAAUAUUCUAUACACAAACUGGUAAUAAGGUUCAACCUGUUAUAUCUUUUGUGUAUGUACAAGCUUUUGAUUCAAAUUGGAAUGAAAUUGAAAAUCUUGAAUUAAUUAUGCCCAAUGGUAAUACAGUUACAAAUUAUAAGGAUUAUAUAAAAGAUGAGAACAAAAAUGGUAAAUUAAAAUACAAGACUGUUAAGUAUCCUCAAUUUUUACCAAUACCAAUAUAUCAUAAUGUUCAAAAACAAACAGGAGUAUUUUAUGGACCUGAAGAUCCGAGAUUAAUUUUGAUCAAAAAUAAAUUGGGUUAUGAGGAGCCAGUAAUUAUAUUCAAUGCGUAUCACAGAAAAUUUUCAAAAAUUAAAACAAACGAUAAUGACGAAGGGUCAAUUUAUUUUGAUUUUCAUAGAUCAAUAUUCAUCGGUUGGUUAUGGGAAACACAAAUUGGUAAGAAUAACAUAGAAGAAUUUGAUGAGACAUAUACAAAACAUGAAUAUACCAAGGUAAAAGAAUUAAUAUUACCAAAUUUCAAGAGAACCAACAAAGAAAAAAAUUGGAGUCCAUUUAUUGAUUUAAAUGAAAGAGAUAAAAAUGGAUACGAUAAAUCUAUAAAUCUUAUAUAUCAAUUCAAGAAUUUGAAAAUUUUAAAAUGUUAUUUCCAUAAAGAAUAUUGUGAAUGGGAGUAUAUGAUGAAUGAAAUAAAAACCAUCAAUGAAUUUAGAGGCGGUACACAAUUAAUUAACUUGAGAACAAUAUUGGAAAAGAUCAACAAUCCUAAAUCAAAUAAAAAAGGAAAAGAGUUAACUUUAAAGAGUAAGAAAUUAAAUAAACUAAAUUAUUUAUUAAAUUCAUCAUCAUUAAAUUUUCAAAUUUGGAUUGGAUUUGCAAGAAUUGCUUUAACUAAUUGUGGAUGUGGUGAUAAAUUUUAUAGACCAAAUAUGUUUGUUUUAGUUAAGAUUGGUGAAUUUUAUAAAAUCUCACAUAUUUCAAAUAGUUUAGAUUUUAAAAAUAUUAAAAUCAAACAGUGGGAUACUAAGGAUGAAAAUUUAUGUUCUGGUAAAAAUUUAAUAAUUCCAAAUGGUAUAUCAUCAUGGGAAAUUUUAGACAAUGGAAACUCAAAAGAAGAACAAGAAGAUUUAUUAACAUUAUUUUUUUCAAGAGCUGAUGUUACAGUUGAUUUCAUUUACAUAAAGGGGUUAUUGAAUAGUUUAUUUAAAGAUAAAGAUGAUGAUUAUAUUUUCAAAUUAUAUUCAGAAAAUUUUAAUUAUGGAAACAAUCAAGUUAUAAAGAAUAAAGGAGAACGAACUUAUAAUCAUGAAAUUAAUCAACUCACAUCUAAAAUUUUUAAAUUUAAUGAUUUCACAAAUUUUAACGUUGAAUGUUCCAUCAAGAAUGCUAAACAAUAUUGUAUUGAUUAUUCAAAACAAUAUAUAAAAACUAGUGAAACUUCACCUAUUACAAAUACUAAUGAUGAAAAUUUAAAAUGA